AUGGUUCUUGGCACCUACUCCAUUCAGGAAACUCACUAUGACAUACUAUCUGUGAAACAAGAUGCCAGCCAUGAAGAUAUCCGAGCAAGCUACCGAUCUGCCAUCCUUAAUAGUCAUCCUGAUAAAUCACAAAAUACAUCUGGGUCAGGAGAUAGGUUCUUGAAGGUGCAAAAGGCUUGGGAAAUCCUUGGUGAUUCGAGGGCUCGUGCACUUUAUGACAUUGCCCUUCGAGCUUCCAGACAUGAUGCUAUAGUUGCAGAAGACAUCAGCUUAGAAGAUGUGAUGGCUGAGGAUGCAGGAGAGGUCAUUCAACUCUAUUACCAGUGUCGAUGCGGUGAUUAUUUCUUUGUUGAUUCUUUGGAGUUGGAGAAGAUGGGGUAUGCAUUGUUAAGAGAUGGAAGCAAGAUAUCCUUCGAGGCACAAAAUGCUUUGCCAGCUUCACUUGUCCUUCCUUGUGGCUCUUGUUCCUUGAAAGUUCGGAUAUUGAUCAAUUCAGAUAAUUUUGUUUCAAUCGAUGAUCACCAUUGA